AGCUCCCUCAGUUGCUCCCUAUCAGAUUUGUGCUCUGGACUCCUCAGUUUCACUGCCCUUCUCUGGACACACUCUGGUGCCUUUUGCUGGAGACUGGAUGGCUGUGGAUCCUCAACCAUUGCUGAGGCAGCCUUCACGCAGCCCAAAUGCCACUUUGUAGAGCAAGCAUUCAGUAUCCCCACCCUGCGAGGCCUCCUGCUGGGACAGUUCUGCGUUCCCCCCCUGUCCUGAAGACCUCCGAUUUAGUCUGCGGAGCGGCCAGCGCCAUUUAAGGGCUGCGGUUAGGCCUAACCUCGCGUCAGCGCUGCGCACAGGAGGAGAAAGCGAACAGAGGGCUCCAACCGCCCCGGGAGAGAUUUUCUCACAUCAACCGCACGCGGCCGAGAGCGGCACAAGGCCGCGCCUGCAAAACACGCACGCACCGCCUGCGGUCGGGUUACGGUGCCGCGCCCGGCAGGGAACGGCGCUGGGCGGGCUCUGCAUAACAGAGGGGGAGGAGCGGGGCCGGGCGGGCGGCAGCCGCCUUUGAGGCGGCCUUCUGUCGCGCCUGGCUUCUCUUCGGCGGUCGGCGGCCGGAUUGAGGGUGUGAGGCGGCCCCCCGGGCCCGCCCGCCGCCGGCCCCGCUCCUCGGGCACCGGCAGCCGCCCCGCGACCUCGGCAGGGAAGCGGGCGGGGCCGGGCGGUGGGGCGCUGCCGGCCGGGCCAUGCCGUGGCGGGCGCCGUUCGUCUUCCUCCUCUUCGGCAUCUUCGUUCUCGGCUCGGCCCGGGCCUCGGGCGCAGAAGCUUCUCCACAUCUGCCAGCACCGAAGAAUGUAACAGUUUAUUCCUCUAACUUUCGUAAUUCCCUGAGGUGGUCUCCUGUUCAAGUGGAUGGAGGCUCAGUGUCCUACACAGUCCAGCUUAAAACAGGUGCCUACAACCACUGGAGUGAGAUAAACUGCACCCGUAUUAUCCAGACUGAGUGCAGUUUCCUCCAGUUAGCAAAAGCACGUCGCUGGACAAUUGUUCUGCGUGUGAGGGCUGAAAUGGGACCAAGGACUUCAGCCUGGGUAGAAACAGACCCGUUUGUGGCAGAGAGAAACACUACCAUAGGGCCUCCUAAAGUGAACAGUGUGACUAUAAGCUCUGACUCCCUUCUCAUUAGUGUCGCACCUCCUUUUGGACCUGAGGCAGGUUACCUUUUCCAGUAUCAUGUGUCCUACUGGGAGAACACAACAAUUACUACUAAAAAAGAGAUAAAGACAAGUGAUACACUAUUCAAAAUCAAAGAUCUGAAGCAAUUGACACUUUAUUGUUUUACAAUUCGAGUAGAAUUGAUGACAUAUUUAGAUUUCCAGUUGCUUGGACUGCAAACAGUCCCGGAGUGUUACAGAACAACCAUCAGCGAGGCGGCCAAAGUUGGAUAUAUUGUAGUAAUAUUUAUGUCCGUCGGUCUGCUUUUAAUUUGCAUAAUAGCUGGUUUCUUUUGCUUAUGGAGACACCAGAAAGCAAUUAAAUAUUUGUCUCAGCCACCUUUAAGAAUCCCAUCACACUUUGAAGAGUAUUUGAGAGACCCUAGCAUGCCUCAUUUAGAGGUGCUGGAGAAUCACGAUGAAGAUCCCCAAGAUUCUGUAACAGUUGUGUAUACGGGAGAAGGAAGCAGCGCAUAUGGUGACAUGUUGGAUGGUAACACUUGUUCAUGCAGCAGCUCCAGCGGCUGUGAUGUAACUUAGGUGGCACCUUCGUGAGAACACUUGUAUCCAGUUUUUGCAGAAGCUCCUGCCUGCAAGCGGUGCUGCUCAGCUCCCAGCGGGACAGACAAUGAGCUCUGGACAAAGCGCAGCCACUAACAAAUUCUGAGCAAGACUUCCUGAGAAUAACGUGGAGCCUGAGCCUUUUUUAAAGCAGUUUCUGCUGUGCUACAGCAGCAACAAUGUUCUUUCUGCUACAGACUAGAAGGGUGGAAUUUGAAGGCAAAAUGAACACUAAAUUGCCUUAAGAAAGUCAGCUGGCUACAAUAUGACAUCAUCAUAUUUCUCCCUCCUCCUCCUGAAGCCCAGCUUUGAGAAGUAAUGGCACUUUAUUGAGUGUAAUGAGGAAUUUUUAAAUAAUUUUAUAGUGGCUUUUGUUUUGUUAUUUUAUUUGUGAAGUCUGUGUUGUCCUUUACUUUGAGUGUAUUAUAUCCAAUCCAAUAAGCUUUCCCAAUUUGUCUUCAAAUUUGUCUUCCAUGACUGCUGCUUCAGCCAAAAAUGACAGUGUAGAAAGAAACAUCAUGGUACUUAAUCCUCCUCAUUGUGAAUACAUGCAAAGAACUACUCCAAGAAAGGCAAAGGGCAGUUAAUUCCAUCUCCCUUGGAUCUGUGCAUCACUGUGAUAAAAAUGUGAACACAGUGAUAAAAAGCAUUAAUCUGUUCCUUCAGUGAGCCAAUCAUAUUCUUCACAGCAGUAAAACUUAUUUUGCUCAGAAGUUAUAUAAAAUAUCUUGAUAAUGGUCAGACACUAACAAUCUCUUGUUGACUAGCAGCCCAGCUGCGUAAGUGCCAGGCUGACUGCAAGUUGUGGUUUCAGUACCUCAAAGCAGAAACAGCAGAUCACAAAUUAGCCUUAUGUCAUAAUCCUAUGGGAUCUGGAAGGUGUCUCAUAACACAGAAGUAAUCUCUUCUAUAGUAAAAAUAUAGGGUUUAUUCCAUUAAAAAAUGUAACUUUUUUCAUGUUUGAUACAAGUUUUGUUUUAAAAAAUAAAAUUAAUGUGCUUGGUUGUUUGCAUGUGGCUUUCUUGGAUUCUGACCUAUUAAUGGAGUAUGCAGCUGAAACAGAUGCAGGUUAUCAGUCAGUGCCACAGCUAAAAGUUAUCUCAGCUACUGCUGUUCCCUCCCUUCUGGGAACGCACACGACUAGUGACAAAAUUAAGCAGUAUUUGCCAAAGCAUGCUCUGUCUGUGUCCUAGUAGAAGUAAUCUAAUCCCUUAGAUCACACACCAUGCCAAGACAGUAGAUUUACCUGAAGACUUAGCUUCAAGCCCCAUUAAGAACUUGCAAAUCAGCCACAAGCUAGAGUAUCUGCUCCUUCCCUUUAUCUAUAUUUUUGCACGUGGUAAUGUAAACAGAUAACCACAGGCUCCCCACAGGAACAGCCUACAUGCAUAAGGCAGGACAUAAAUAGCUGUUUAUGCACCUCAGGUGAAUAUCUGGCAGUACAGAAUACAACUUGCUAAGUACACUGUACUACAGAGACUAUGUACUAGACUUCUGUUACAGAGGGAUGUUUAAUAUUUCUUAGUUGUACAAAUAGGCCACCAAAACAAAAACUGUUAGGGUGAGCUCAAAGAUUAGCUUCAUAACUGCCAACCAUAGCAAGCCAAGGUGUAACCUACAAUGUGCAACUCCGCAUCAUCUUGGACUCUGCUGGAACAAUCCAUAGUGUAAAAGAUCUAGGGUUAAUCUGAAUAACAUUCAUACAUGUUCAUGUUCUCUGCGUGGUUCUUACACCAACUACAUUCUGAGUUUCAGCUGCUGGAAGGGAUGCAGCUUCUACAGUGUCUUAUCAGCAGCUAUGCAGACAGCAAGUGAGCUUCCGGCAGAAAACAGAGGUAACCUCAGAAAGAAGCUCUUUGCGAGCUGGGUACUCUUAAAUAAAAGUUUCUUAACUAGAAACGUACAGUAACACACACUGGAAGAGUUCUUCGAGAGUGGAGCGUUUACCUCAAUUUGUGCUGUUCAAGUGUCAGAUGUCAGACUGGAAUUAGUUAGAGGCUAUCUUUGUUUCUCACUUAGUAGAAAAGCCAACAACCAUUUUCCUGUAUGAGAACGUGGGAGAAAUGAAAACACAAACCU